AUAAGUUUUUGUAUGGGCCAUCAUUUUUUCUGCUUAACUAUGUGUGUGUGUGAAAUUUCUCGGACUUUGACUUUGCCAGCCAGCGACACUUAUACCAUCCUAUUCAUUUAACUUAUUACUUAAGCAAUUUGGUGGUGAUCUAUUGAUAACAAUAGAAAUCAAGAUGGCCACCAUGCUUAAAGAAAAUAAUAUUAUAUCUAAAGCUUUAUUAACUAUCGAUCAAUAUAAGGGGAAUUUAAAUAACCUUAAAUCUUCUGUACUUGAUAAUGAAUAUACUCCAUUAAAUUGUCCUAAAUACUUUUCUAGAACUUUAAUAUGGAAAUGUUGUUUAAUAACUGAUAGUCUUAGUAUUCAUAAUUGGUAUACAAAACUUCAUGAUUCUCGUAUAAUAUAUCAUCAAUUAACUAAAAGAAAUGAUAUGAUUAUACCGUGGUGGGUAUUAGAUCCAGAGUCACCAUUUUUUCAAUCAAAGGAAUUAUCUAUACAUAAUAAAUCAAAUAUUAAACGAACCAAUUCAAGAACUUCUCGUUCAACCACCACUACUACUACAAAUUCAGUAUCUAUAAAUAAAAUUCCCUUAACUAGAGUUAGCAAUAUUGAUGAUCCAUUAAGAAGUCCAAAUCGUUCUCCUGUUAGAUCUACUAGAUCUCCAACCCCUUCAUUACCUUAUCAAAUCACUGAAGAAGAUAUAGAAUUAUUACAAAUCAUUGUAUUGGAUAUUGAAAGAUUAUUCCCUGGUGAACAAUUUUAUCAAUCAACCAAUUCUAUAACUCAUAAAAGACAUUUAAUAGAAAUAUUGUAUGUUUGGUCAAGAUGUAAUCCACAGGUGGGUUACAAACAAGGUAUUCAUGAAAUUUUAGGACUCUUUUACAAGAAUCUUUAUCAAGAAUCCAUUGAAAUCCCUAGAACUAAUACCAUAUCUAGUGAUGAUGUAAAGAUUCUUAAUUUAUAUGAUAUUAAUUAUUUAAAUCAUGAUUUAUUUACAAUCUUUAAUAAGUUUAUAUUAACCAGUGGAAUAAUUUCUAAAUUUUACGAAAGUGAAGAAGUUCUUUGGAAAACCAUUGAAACAUUUAACGUAUAUUUAAUGAAAGUUGAUCAACUUAUUCAUUAUAAUCUUUUAAAUAAAUUAAAAUUAGAAUCUCAAUUAUGGAUUAUACGAUAUUUUCGAUUAAUUUUAUUAAGAGAAUUAGGUAAUGAUUUGGAGACAACUACUUUAUUAUGGGAUAAAUUAAUUGCUUCACCUCAAAUUCAUAGUUAUGGAGGUAUACCUGAAUUAUUAAUGUUUAUGAUAAUUCAAUUAUUAAUUCAAUUAAAAACUAAUUUAAUUACUUGUGAUUUUAGUGAAAGUUUAUCAUUAUUAUUACAUUAUCCUAUACAACUGCAUUUACAUAAUCAAUUAACUCGUCAUGAAUUUAUUGGGAAUCUUAUAAAGGAUUCACUUAAAUUAUAUGAAAGAAAGGCGAAUGAUUUAAAAUUAUAUGAAUAUGGAUUAAAAUUAAAUAAUAUAUAUAAUCCAAAUUUAAGAAUAACUAUGAGUUAUUCAGGUAGUGCAAGAAAUAGUGGAGAAAUUUCGGCAACUUCUAGUGCACCUGUAUCAAGAAGUCCAACUCCAUUAGCUUCUAAUAAUACUAGUAAUAAUAGUCAUAAUAGUCAUAAUAAUACUAGUAGUUCAAUAAAUCACAAACAUCCAGACCCCAAAGCUGAACAACUAAAGUUCGAGAAACUCAGACUCGAAAUGAGACUUAAGAAGAAAGCCCAACUGAUGCUAAGAUAGUGAUAGUGACCAUAAAAGUAGAAGUAGUUUAUAGACAGUGCUCAUUUUUUUUGCAUUCAAUACACACCCGCCGAAAAAGUAAAAGUGCAAGCUAAAAUAAAAU